UCACACACUUCCCAUCUCUCUAACCAACAAUGGGUGUGAAGCAAGGUUCCGAGCCAACGAUCGUGAUCGACCGUCUAAAGUUCACGUACCCGGGAAUCAACGGCCACCCGCCGCCCGGCGCCAAGCCUCUGAUCGACGACUUCUCCCUCACGCUCAACGCCGGCGACCGAUGCCUCCUAGUCGGAUCCAACGGCGCUGGGAAAACCACGAUCCUCAAGAUUCUCGGAGGCAAGCACAUGGUCGACCCCAGCAUGGUCCGGGUUCUGGGUCGGUCGGCUUUCCACGACACCGCUCUCACCGGCUCCGGCGACCUGUCGUAUCUCGGCGGAGAGUGGCGGCGUGACGUGGCGUUCGCCGGGUUCGACGUUCCGAUACAGAUGGAUGUUUCGGCUGAGAAAUUGAUUAACGGGGUGGCUGGGAUUGACCCGCAAAGGAGAGCUGAGCUGAUCAAGGUGUUGGAUAUUGAUCUUUCAUGGAGGUUGCAUAAGGUCUCAGACGGUCAGAGAAGAAGGGUCCAGAUCUGUAUGGGUCUGCUCAGACCAUACAAGGUGCUUCUGCUUGAUGAGAUCACAGUGGACCUUGAUGUGCUAGCGAGGGCGGACCUUCUCCAGUUCUUGAGGAAGGAAUGUGAGGAGCGAGGUGCUACGAUCAUUUACGCUACGCAUAUAUUUGACGGGUUGGAGAAUUGGCCAUCACACAUUGUGUAUGUUGCUAAUGGGAAGCUGCAAUUGUCAAUGCCGAUGGACAAGGUUAGGGAGACGUACAAGCUGUCGCUCAUGAGAACAGUUGAGAGUUGGCUGAGGAAGGAGCGCGAGGAGGAGAGGGCGAGAAGAAAAGAGAGGAAGGCAAGAGGUCUUGCCGAGUUUGAUGAACAAAUUGAGGGCAGCCGUGUGAUUAAUAAUGGUUGGGCGGCCGGGCGCCUCAACUCCACCGUCGCCGGAGAAGAAAACUUUGUGUGGAGCUCAAACAGAGUUCUCAGGCAAUAGAUAUACUUGGUGCCGGUGACAACAGAAUUUGAACGUGCUGCCGCUGGUUUAUAACAUUUUGUGAAUGUGAUGUAUGAGAUAAUUCUAUGACUUUGGUUUCUCACCAGAGAUCAUUUUCACAGAUCCCUUGAAUUUGGAUCCUUUGUAUUUCAUUGUAUUACUAGCUUGUGUUCAAUUUUGUGUGCACAUAUAUUUGAAAAAAAAAAGAAUGCCAAAUAUCAAAUUGGAACGGAA